UUCUUCGGUUGCAGCCGCCGGCGGCGAUGGCGGACUCCGGCGGCGCGGGAGAGCGGCGGGAGGAGGAGGAGGACGACGUCGUCUGCUUGGACGCGUCGUUCUUCGUCGACCGCAGCUACGAGAUUACCACGUUCUCCUUCGGCUCGCAGGUGCUCCACCUCCUCUGCCUCCGCGCGGCUUCCACUGAUUAUGAUCUUACUGGACAGUUAGUAUGGCCAGGUGCAGUUUUGAUGAACACCUACCUGUCUGAACACCCCGAGACUGUGAAGGAUCAUUCAGUAAUCGAGCUAGGAUCUGGGGUUGGCAUUACUGGCAUAUUGUGCAGCCGUUUCUGCAAAGAAGUUGUUUUGACUGAUCACAAUGAUGAAGUUCUAGAGAUUAUAAAGAAAAAUAUAGAGAUGCAGUCGUGUUCUGGGAAUGACAAUUCAGUGUUGACAGCAGAGAAGCUAGAGUGGGGAAAUCAUGCUCAUAUAAGCAAUAUCAUUGAGAAACAUCCUGCUGGAUUUGAUCUUGUCCUUGGAGCUGAUAUUUGCUUUCAGCAAUCUAGCAUUUCCUGUCUAUUUGAUACUGUAGAGAGACUUCUUCGUAUUCAGGCUGGUAAAUGUAGAUUCAUAUUGGCUUAUGUAUCACGAGCUAAAGUCAUGGAUGUUCUAGUGCUCAAGGAAGCUGAAAAACAUGGAAUGCAUGUGAAAGAAGUGGAUGGAACAAGAACAACCGUCUCAAAUCUUGAAGGAGUCAUAUAUGACAUUGCACUCCAAUAAUGCUGCUCUGUACGCACGUUGAUGAAAUUCUUAGGUGAUCAGUAGUCAUGAAAAGUAUGUGCAACUUCCUCUUAAUGACUACAUCCUUUCAGAGGAGGAAACAGUACCACACUGCCACAGUAACAGCAUCACGAGGGAUUUCAAUUCAUAUAGUGUCAUGCUGAUAUCAUGCUGUUGUUUUUAAAGAAGGAUUUGAUGCGGUUUUCAAAUGCUUUCGCAGUCACGAGUAGUAGUGAUGUUACAUCUCUCUCUGAAAAAAGCUAUCUUGUCAAGGAGAUGGCCAUACUCUGAAAGUUCUUGUGAGGAAGAGUUGCUGAAAGCAAUGGCAUCAUGUAAGCUUGAGGUGCUGGUUCUGAAAAAGUUCCUGAAUUACCAUGAGCUCGUGUUUGGUGUAGCCUGUAAAACAUCAAUUCCAACUGAAGCUUCAGCUUCAUUGCACUUA